AUGAGUUUGCAGUGUGAAUUGACCGCUUACCUGAAGGACUUCCUCACACAACAGUGGACACGGAAACAGCUACCCAGGGGCCUUGAGCAAGGUUGGAAGGACUAUUUGGAAGACCCAGGAGCCAACAGAUACCCCGGGUUGAAAUCUUUUUUGGCCGUCCGUCUAGGCACAAUUGAAACUGCGAGCCACUACGAGAAUCGAAAACCGAAGGGUUGGCUCGCUAGAAGCUUGCAGCAGCUGUCACCGGACGAGGUCCAAGAGAUUCUGUCCAACCUCGAGCAGACGGUCCCGCAUCCUACGGUCACGAAAGUACUGAACCGAAUUAUGGCGACAUGCCCACCAGGCAUACAACGGCCUGCUCAUGUAGAGCAUCCCCCGAUACUACAAGGACAAAGCACGACAGUCGCGACUCCUGGAAAUACUUCCGAGGCGAGAGAUCGAGAUUCUCGUGAUAGUCCACACGCUUCGAGCGACGUCGACCUCGCAACGAAUAUAAGAUACCAACAGCCAGCACUAGCUGUUACGGCUGGGCAAAAGUUUGACAACGGUUGUCCUAAAGGUCUUACCAUGGUCUUUCCUCCAUUUAUCUGUAGUGCUAUUAGGAAAAUUGGUGCUGCGGAUGGCACCAAAGUCGCGGAUGGCACCAAAGUCGCGGUCACGAUGAUAUUUCCGUACCAGCAGGACGGAAGCAUUCACUGCCUCUGUAGCUUGAGUAUAAUACCAAGCAAGCUCGUCAUAAUUGCGAAAGAAGUGAUGGAUGUGAUACUUGACAUCGAAGGUGGGAUGUUGUACGUUGUCAGCGAGAAGGGUUGGAAAGUCCUUCCUUGUCCAAGUAUGACCCUGCAGGGUGCACCGAAGGGAGGGAUCCGUUUUCUGGGGGACAGAGCGUCCGAUGCAAUUGAAACCAGCCCCCAGCGAAAGGAUGAAUUAAACAGAUCGAUUAUUCACACGUCUAGUGUGACAUUGAAUAUCAGCCAUAACCCGGAUGAUGACGGGCAACUUAACCUCAAUUUCGGACUCGAAGCUGGAUUGAAGAUCCGGGCACUGCUUUACCCUGAUAAAUAA